AAGAACGAAUCGACCCGAUGAUUCGCAUCUUUCCACGCGUGACCAAGUGCCGUUUCUACAAGUACGGCCCCAGUGCGAACAUCGAGACGCACGAUGCCCUCUGUCUGCUGCCGCUGAACAUUGUCAAUGAGAAGAUCUACAUCUUCCUCUGGUUCUGGUUCCUCAUUCUGGGCGCCCUCACCGCCGCUGUCAUUCUCUUCCGCCUCAUCAUCAUCGCCUGUCCGCCAGUGCGCGUCUACAUGCUCAGUCUACGCUUCAAACUCGGCUCACUGGACCACCUGCACACCAUCGUCAGGAAGAUGUCCAUUGGCGACUGGUUUCUAGUGUACAUGCUGGGCCAGAACAUCGACAGUGUCAUCUACCAGGAGCUGAUUACUGAUCUCGCGCAAAAAACCGAAACGGAUUCGAAAAANACUAGUGUACAUGCUGGGCCAGAACAUCGACAGUGUCAUCUACCAGGAGCUGAUUACUGA